CCUUUUCCUGCUCUGUUUCCCGCAGCUGUGUCUGACGCGGAUCUCCCAGAGCACGAGAAAGCUUUCCUGCAGUUCCACGUCACGCCGCCACAGGGCCCAGACGUCCGGCUGCUCUUGCAGGACCAAGAAGAGCGAAGGAAGCUAGGCAAGGCUCACCUCAGAAAGGCCAUCAUGAGGCACGAGGAAGCCAUGAGGAUCCACAGCCUGUGCAAGAUCUUGAGGAAGAUGGACAUCCUCCAGGAGGUCCUCUGCUUCGCCCACAAGCGCUCGCUCGGGAAGUACUCGGAGAUCGACCAUGAGGAAGACUUCUUCGAGACGGCGGACGCCCCCGACAUCCACCCAAAAACUCACCAGAGGCCGGAAAUCAAAUCUCCCAACUUCUCCAAGGUGAAAGUCACAGAUAUCUUCCAUCGGCUGGGCCCACUGUCGGUUUUCUCCGCCAAGAACAAGUGGCUUCCCCCGAGGACGGUGCGCCUGGUGCGAGGCGAGAACGGCUUUGGGUUCACCCUCCGAGGGGAUUCCCCGGUGCUCAUUGCUGGAGUCAUCGCUGGAGGCUGUGCGGCGGACGCCGGCCUCAAGGAAGGCGACUACAUCGUCUCCAUCAACGGCAAGGACUGCAAGUGGUCCAAGCAUGCAGAGGUGGUGCAACUCCUGAAGGUGACCGGGGACGAGGGAGCGGAUGUCGGCGUCAUCACCCUGCAGUACUCCGAAGGGCAGAGCGUGGUAAGCAGGGUGGGGGCUGGGAUGAGCAAAGGCCCGUUGGAGGGGGGUCAGGGAGGGUAG